AAAAACAUAUUUUAUUCUCUCAUAUUAGUGUCUGACGCAUCUAGAAAUGUUACUUCUAAUAAGUCUAAUUUUUCUUUUUAGUUAAAAUUAUAUAAUUAUCGCCAAUACUGAACCGUCUCAUUUUUCCGAUUAACUUGCUGAAUCUUAAUACAUAUGUAUGUUUUAUUUUUUCUUCUUUUUUCUUGGUCUUGAUCUUGAAAGAAACUGGCCGGUCUCCGUACUAUUAACAAACACAGAAUUAUCACGGAGAAUGUGCAGAAACAAUAACAUAUAUAAGUGACUGCUUCUGACUUUGAAAAUGACUGAAGAAAAUCUAUUUAUUAUGUUGCUAUAUUUUCUAACAUGUGUUAUACUUGUAUUAUGGUGUUUUCGGCAAGCAUGCUAUUCUAAAAACGAUCCUUUAAUAUCACAUUCUGAUUUAAAUCAAAUUCAAAUGGAGAAUGUCAGAAAUUUAACUAGCGUCAAUAGAGUUCACCAACGUUGUCCAGUACCAUUAAAUGUCUUAAAUGAUUUGGAGUAUGAAAACUUCUAUAAUCCGUUGCAUACUAGAGCUCAUCGAUUACAUAAUGUUGAACAAACUUCUAUAAUUAACAUGCCCACUCCGCAAAGCACAGUUUUAAAUAGUUUAAAUUAUUUAGUGGAGUAUAAUGCAUCUAAUGCUACUUCGUUUUCAAGAUCUCCGCUCGAUGAUCCACCACCUUCAUAUGACGAGUGCAUAGCGAGUUCACGUCUAACACCUCGCUCUAUCCAUUGAUCUAAUGAUAAUAAUAUGUUAAGGAGAGAUCAAGAUUUUUCAUGUACUAUUACCCGAAAUUGUAUGCAUUAAUAUUUUCCAAUUUGUUAUUUGUAUUUAUAUAGAUACCUCUAUAACUCCAUAAUAUUAAAUAAUUAUAAUGUAUAUCGUACUGUAGAAUGUCAUAUUAUGUGAUACUUGGUAUGUAAAAUGUGUGUAUAAUAUUUAUUCAUUGAACUUAUUAUUUGUAAAUAUUAUUUUUCAUGACUCACAAGUGAUUAAUAUAAUAACAAAAUUUUUUACCCUAGUGGCCUAGUGUUCAACUACAGACUUGUGUACAAUUGGUUAUCGAAGAAAGAAGGAAUAGGUUUAAUAAUGAUUAAUUUAUAAUCUAUGAUUUUUAAGAAGAAUAUAAUUCAUGUAUACUUUGUAUAUUUACAUAA